AUGGUUGGCUCGCUGCGUCGGACGAAUUUUCAAAUCUCGUGCUCUACCACCCCUUCACCUUCAGCACGAUCCCUCUCCCGCCUAUCACUGAUCUGGAGUGUGUCAAGGGAGUCUACAACACUGAGGGAAGCAUUGUGGGCUAUCGUUUCAGAAAAAAAUCAUCAGCACGAGACUAGUGAGGCUGGCACAUGGUUCUACCAAAAGGUGGUGCUGUCCCGCGAUCCGUCUCAAGAUGGUGACUACACUGCUAUGAUCAUCCACUACGACGCUAACUGGGUUUCUUUUGCAAGAGCGAAAGAGGGACGCUGGCGAUCUGCCGCGGCUCUGGACGACAGGAGCCAUGAUCGUUACGCCGACUGCGUCUACCACGACGGCAGAUUCUACACGGUGACCUUACGCGGGGUGCUUGAGGCGUGGGAUCUUCACGGCCCGCAGGAACCAAUCAAGGAGGUUAUUAUUGCCAACGGGGACAAGAGACGAAGGAGAGUCCUUACUAGGUUCUUAGUGUCUACGCCCUGCGGCCGCCUCCUGCAGAUACGAACCCUUCGGCGUGCUCAUCGCUCCAGAGAAAUCGAGGUGCACGUGCUUGAAGUCGAUGUCAGAGAGCGCAAGCUGGUCAGCUUAAGUUCUUCGACGGCCUUCCAGGACCACGCGGUGUUUGUUGGGUUAAAUCAGUCCGCGUGCUUGCCUACCAAGAAAUUUCCAGAGCUCAAACCGAACUGUGUCUACUUCACCUCUCCCCGGCUGAUGAGAGAUCUCAUCGGAUUAAGAUGGAUGGCGGUGGUUGAAGUUGCUGAACUGGCAGGCAAGGAUUGUGGCCUGAUGAAAGCAUAA